AUGCUCCCUUCCCUGUUGACGACACUUCUUCUUCUCGUCUCCUCUACGCUCGGAGCACCCGCAAGUAUCGUCAGUACUGCCUUCAAAAGUCCAUCCGAUGAUCCUUGGGCGAUUCUAUGUAAACUUUCAAUUGUUCGCCUGAUCGCCAACGGUCUAUGUCCAAGACAAUCAUCGAGCAGCGCUGUGUCCGUUUCGACUCCCGCUGGCACCGCGGAAGGUGCUGUGGAUCUGUCUGGUGUGAAUCGUUUCGCCGUAAGGUAUGCUUCGGCGGCGAGAUGGGCAGAGUCACAGGUAUCCACAAUUUGGGCACUACCUAAUGGUGCUACUAAUGCUUCCGGUCUUCCAUUAGUUUGUCCUCAACAAGGGGUUGAUGACUCGACAUUUUCAGAGGACUGCCUGUCAAUGUUGAUCUAUGUUCCCGAAUCGUUUAGUCCCUCGAGCUCGGUGCCGGUUUUCAUGUGGGUUCAUGGAGGAUCGUUCAUCGAAGGUUCUGCCACCGACGCUGGACUCGAUGGUUCAAAUCUUGCGCUGGCUACCCAAUCGAUUGUUGUUGUCAUUCAAUAUAGACUAGGAGCUCUUGGUCUCAUGGUGCCUGACGGCUCAACAAAUCUUGCUCUUAAAGAUGUGAUCAAUGCGUUGACUUUUGUCAACCGGAAUAUUGCUGCAUUCGGAGGUGAUAAUUCUCGCGUGACUAUUGCUGGGCAGAGCAGUGGUGCAACUAUGAUUCGUUCGCUUCUCGCUGUCCCCUCCGCGUCCCAUCUUUUCCAAUCUGCGAUUUUACAGUCCGAUCCGAUGGACUAUGGAUUCCAGAGUUCUUCUACGCAGCGAACUUUACAAAGCGCCUACAAUAGUCUCAUUAAUUGUUCCGCCUCAGAUUCCGCAUGCCAGAACGCACUAUCGGUUGACACAAUUCUUAACGCUCAAGGAACUCUCUUCAAUGAAGCAUCCAACCUCGAUGCAUCAGCCGGUGCUGGAGAACCUCUGAGACCUGUGAAUGACGGUACUCUCAUCACAUCGCCAUUGGACUCCACUGCUGCAUUUCCAUCCGUGAAAAAGCCUAUACUUGUUUCCACUGUGUUGGACGAAGCCGCUCUUACCAUUGGAUCUGAGUUCUCAUCAGCGCUUCCCGAGGACGAAUUUCUUCCUAUAUGCCAAGCUAGCCUUGGUGAUUCCCGUGCGGCUGCAGUGGCCAAUGCCUCGUUCUAUAAACCUGCCUCAGUAGAUGGAUCAGAAGACGCUCGGCAACAGCUGCAGCUGUUGGGUACCGACUACGUCUGGAGAUGUCCCAGUUGGACUUUUGCACGUAACUGGAUUUCCAACGGUGGUUCUGCGUACGUGGGAAGGUACAGUGUCGGGGCUACAUAUCCUGGAAAUGAAGAAGUUCCGUUCUGUACCGAACCUGGUGCAGUAUGCCACCAGGAUGAUAUUGAGAUAGUGUUCGGAACUGUACCCAAUCCCAAUGCCGCUCAAUCUGCCCUCACUAAAGAAAUGCAAGCGCGCUACAAGGCGUUCAUGCUCACCGGAAGCCCCAAUGUUCCGGCAUACCCUCCUUGGACAGAAGCUACUUCUUCCGACGUGCAUGCACUCAACCUCGGAGGCUCUGGCGAGGUUGCUGCUGGCUCUUGCGAUCCUUCUUUCUGGGGUGCUGCUGUACCCUAUGACUAUCAAGUCUUUGGCAUCUAA